AUUCGUGGUCUGUGCAUGUCACGAAAACACCUACACCUACCACGCGUUUACGAAGAUUUCGUUUUAGUUUUUUUGAGUAAAAAAUCAAGAGGAUAGAGGUUUUUCAAAAUAGUUAAGAAUUAUUUUAGCGAUUUGACCAUUUAACAUGGCGGAAACAAUGCGACAAACUGUAGCAACCAUAUUGAAAAGCAUCGAGAGAUAUAACCCAGCUAAUCUUCAAACCCUAGAACGGUACGUGGAAAUGCAAUCGAGGGAGAACACCUAUGAUUUGGAAGCAAAUUUGGCUGUCUUAAAGCUUUAUCAGUUUAAUCCUGAGAAGUUUAACGCUGAUAUAACAUGUCAAAUACUACUGAAGGCACUUACAAAUUUUCCACAUACCGACUUUACAUUGUGCAAGUGUUUACUUCUCGAGUCUGUAGUGGAAAAUGAAACCAUUUCACAAAUUAAAUAUUUGGCUGAUAUACUAGAGCAAUGUGAUUUUGCUCAAUUCUGGAACAGAGUACACCAAAUGCCAGAACUGUGCAAUCGUAUCAACAAUUUCCAUGACUCCAUCCGCAAGUUUGUCUGCCACGUCGUGGGCAUCACCUUCCAGACUAUUGAAAAAAAUAAUCUGGCUAAUCUUCUGGGAGGAAUCGAUGAUGUAACUUUAAAACACUGGGUGAAAAAGUAUGGAUGGAAGGAUGAAGGCACCCUUAUCUUUAUUGCCUCCCAGGACGAAAACAUCAAGACUAAAAACAUCACCGAGAAGAUUGAGUUUGAACAUUUAGCACCUCUAAUGGCGAUUUUGUAAAGUAUUUUUUAAACUAUUUUUUACAGUGAUAUAAAAGAUAAAGGAAAAUAAAAGGAAAGUAAA